CUCGGCGAGGAGUUCUACCGCGAGGCGCUCGAGCACUGUCGCAGCUACAACGCGCGGCUCUGCGCCGAGCGCAGCCUGCGCCUGCCCUUCCUCGACUCGCAGACCGGCGUCGCCCAGGGCAACUGCUACAUCUGGAUGGAGAAGACGCACCGGGGGCCCGGACUGGCGCCGGGGCAGAUCUACACAUACCCUGCGCGCUGCUGGCAAGAAGCGGCUUUUUUUUUCAUCCUGGAGGCCCCGCGGCUGCGGCCCUACGGCGAGGCCCCCCUGAAGAAGGAGGGGGGGCUCCCCGAGGGGCCGGUGCUGGAGGCCCUGCUCUGCGCCGAGCCCGGCGACAAGAAGGCCGAGCUCAAGGAGGAGGAGGCUGCGCCCGCGGCCUCCCAGAAGCCGCCCAUGGGCGAGUUCCCUCACGAGCUGGAGGGUGACGAGCUGGAGGACGACACCCCACGGCGCAAGAACAAGAACAAGGGCAAGGCCCGCGCAGUCUGCGGGAAGCGCUACAAGAACCGGCCCGGCCUCAGCUACCACUACACGCACACGCACCUGGCCGAGGAGGAGGGCGAGGAGAACGGCGAGCGCCACGCGCUGCCCUUCCCGCGCAAGAACAACCACAAGCGUGAGCACAACGUGAGCACAACGGCCCCCCGGGCCAGCCGGGGGGCUAAGAAAGCGGCGGACGGCUCAGUCAUAGCAAACGGUUAUUGUGAUUUCUGUCUAGGCGGCUCGAAGAAAACCGGCUGCCCCGAGGAUCUCAUCUCGUGCGCCGACUGCGGCCGCUCCGGGCGCCCGUCGUGCCUGCAGUUCACGGUGAACAUGACGGCGGCCGUGCGCACCUACCGCUGGCAGUGCAUCGAGUGCAAGUCGUGCAGCCUGUGCGGCACCUCCGAGAAUGAC